GUAUUGCGCGCGUCACACCGGCUGCGGCGGAGAAGAGGCGAUCUCUCUUGCAUUCUUGAUCGGUGGACGCUACGUUUCUAGUCGAAAACCGUAGCUUUGAUUCUUGGAGCUCGACGAGAUGGCGGGGAUUUGGGUCUCGAUGGAGGUCUGUGGAGACGGAGUUGCAGUCAUCACCAUCUCCAACCCUCCCGUCAAUGCGUUGCAUCCCAAAAUUAUUGCCGGAUUGAAGGAGAAGUACGCCGAAGCGAUGAACAGGGAUGACGUCAAGGCUGUUGUGUUGACUGGUUACAUGGGCAAGUUCUCUGGUGGUUUUGAUAUCAAUGUUUUCGCUGAAGUUCAUAAGACAGGAGAUCUGUCACGUCUACCAGAUGUAUCUGUUGAACUUGUGGUGAACACAGUUGAAGAUGCCAAAAAGCCUUCUGUUGCAGCCAUUCAAGGGCUUGCACUUGGUGGUGGUUUAGAGUUGGCAAUGGGUUGCCAUGCUCGAAUAUCUACCCCUGAAGCUCAACUUGGAUUGCCAGAAUUGACUCUUGGAAUUAUUCCUGGUUUUGGAGGUACCCAGCGGCUACCAAGGCUUGUCGGGCUGCCAAAGGCUAUAGAAAUGAUGUUGCUAUCAAAGUCAAUUCGUGCCAAGGAAGGGAAAGAAUAUGGCCUUAUUGAUGCCAUUGUUUCCCCUGAAGAGUUGAUGAAGAUAUCACGACUUUGGGCUUUAGAAAUUGCCGAACGACGCAAACCUUGGAUUAGCUCUCUUCGUCGAACUGACAGACUCAGUUCCCUUGCUGAAGCACGUGAGAUAUUGAAAGCUGCUAGGCAACAGGCUAAGAGGAUAGCUCCAAAUAUGCCACAGCACCAAGUAUGCCUUGAUGCAAUGGAGGAAGGCAUAGUUUUUGGAGGAUAUGCUGGUGUUCUGAAGGAAGCAAAGGUUUUUAAAGAGUUGGUGUUAUCAAGCACUGCAAAGGGGCUUGUUCAUGUCUUUUUUUCACAACGUGCAACUUCUAAGGUACCUAAUGUUACUGAUAUUGGAAUCACACCUAGGAACAUAAAAAAGGUUGCUGUUAUCGGUGGUGGUUUGAUGGGUUCUGGCAUAGCUACUGCCCUUAUACUAAGUGACAUAUCUGUCAUUCUCAAGGAAAUUGAUUCCAAGUUUCUGCAGAAGGGGCUGAAAACGAUAUCAGCCAAUCUUGAAGGGCUAGUGAAGAAAGGCUCAUUAACAAAGGAUAAGAUGAAUAAGGCCUUAUCGCUUCUUAAGGGUGCAUUAGAUUAUUCAGAGUUCAAGCAUGUUGAUAUGGUCAUAGAGGCUGUUAUUGAAAAUGUUUCAUUGAAACAGUCAAUAUUUGCCGAAAUUGAAAAGAUCUGUCCUCCGACCUGCAUUUUGGCAACCAACACAUCCACCAUUGAUCUGAAUAUUGUUGGAGAGAGAACACGAUCUCAAGAUCGUAUCCUGGGGGCACAUUUUUUCAGUCCAGCUCAUGUGAUGCCUCUCCUGGAAAUUGUUCGGACAGAGAAGACAUCUCCACAAGUAAUCUAUGAUCUCAUGACAGUCGGGAAGGCCAUAAAGAAAGUCCCUGUUGUAGUUGGAAACUGCACUGGCUUUGCAGUUAAUCGUACAUUCUUUCCUUACAAUCAAGCGGCAAAUUUGUUGGUUCAUCUUGGUGUUGAUGUGUUCAGAAUUGAUAGAGUGAUAAGCAAUUUUGGCAUGCCAAUGGGUCCUUUUCAGCUACAAGAUUUGGCUGGAUAUGGAGUGUAUUUUGCAGUUGGGAAAAUAUAUGCUUCUGCCUUCAAGGGUCGUACAUUUGAGUCCGAUCUGGUCGAAUUGUUGGUAGAAAAUGGGCGAAAUGGAAAGAGCAAUGGGAAGGGUUUCUACAUAUAUGAAAAGGGAAGCAAGCCAAAACCUGAUCCUAGCAUACAAGCUAUUGUUGAGGAAUCUAGAAGGCGUACUAACAUUAUGCCUGGUGGAAAGCCUAUAAUUUUGAGCGACCAAGAAAUUCUGGAGAUGAUUUUCUUUCCAGUCGUGAAUGAGGCAUGUAGGGUGAUGGAUGAAAGAAUUGUUGUUCGAGCAUCAGACCUUGACAUCGCAUCUGUCCUUGGAAUGGGUUUCCCUAGGUACAGGGGUGGCAUUGUGUUUUGGGCUGAUACUGUUGGAGCUGAUUACAUAAAUUCAAGGCUCAAAAAGUGGGCAGAAGUAUAUGGUGGAUUCUUUAAACCAUCAUCUUACUUGGAAGAAAGAGCCAGCAAAGGCCUACCCCUGAGCAUGCUCAGUCUGUCCCCAUCAGAAGCUUCAAGGUCACGCAUGUAAGCGGCUCUCCCAACAACCGGACAAGGUUUCAGGGCUUGGCUAUAGAUUCUGUUUUGGCUUGAAGGAUUCGAAUACAAUCAGCUCGAGCACCCUGAGAAGCACCAAAUAAUUCAACAUGUUUUACCUUGCUGUUUGUAGUAUUUGAUUUGCUAGCUGCCACAAAAGGUGUGAACAAUAAACCACUAUUCUACACCACCACACCCUCAUCCUGUUCCAAUAAUCAGUGGCACAGCAUAUCAUCACACGGGUGGACCAUUGAUGGCUGCUUGCCCCCUAGUAAUCGUACAUGAUGGAUGGGAUAAUAAUUUGAUCUGCUUGUUGUCUAGCUGUUUAUCAAAUGUAGUGAAUAAUGGCACAUGAUGUUGUUUUCAUUGCAUGAGCUUCGCAACCUUAAUGUGGCGUCUGGUAGCAGCAUAGCCAAAAUUUUAUUAAGGAAAGCUAUGCCAGGUACUUCUAGCUUUCCUAAGUUAUUGAUGCCUGGAUGGAAUAGGGUAAGUCACUGUUUGAUUAGUAUUUGGGAAUAAACUGAAAGAUUGAAAUAAA